CGUGUCAGGCGAGUGUGUUGCCGGCCCAUAACUAGGUUAUCAGUGAAUGGCGCGGAUUUCUUCGGACCAUCACCGUCAGUGGGUCAGGGGUGGCCGUCCGACGUAUAUAGAAGCCGCCACUCACCUGUUCUAGUCACUCUUGCUUAACAUUUGUGGUUUCAAAGCUUGCAUUGAGGUAUCCAGCCUUCUGACAUCAUGAAGUCUCUAGUGGUAGUCGUUGUGCUGGGGUGCGUCGCUGGUGUCUUCUCCGGCAGUUACGGAAAUCAGGGAGGUCAGGCAGGAGCAUUCAGAGGAAGAGGAUCCAGCUUUGGUGGCAGCAGCUUCCAGGGAGGAGCCAUAGGAGGAGGAAGCUUCCAGGGAGGAUCUGUAGGAGGGGGAAGCUUCCAGGGAGGAGCCAUAGGAGGAGGAAACUUCCAGGGAGGAUCUGUAGGAGGAGGAAGCUUCCAGAGGCGCGUCAGUGGAGGCGGAAGCUUCCAAGGAGGAUCCGUGGGAGGCGGUGGAUUCCGCUCUGGUUUCGGUGGCGGCAGCCAGCAGUCUUUCAACAUCGACAACUUCGGCAACAUCAUCGAUGCAUCGUCGUUCGGCAUCGAUCAGUUUGGACGUAACUACAUCAACAUCGACGCGUUCGACUUCAGCGGAGCAUUCGACGCCGCUCAGAAGCUCGCACCGCGCGAAUCCCUCACUCCGUCGCAGCGCGAGCAGAUCGUCAUCGGCAGACGCUACCGUUCCGGCUCCGCGCGACAGUUCGAGACAAGCAACGCGCUGAGAGAGGGCAGCGGCAACGGCCAGUCUGGCAUCGAUCUCUCUGCCCGCCGCACAGCUUCCCAGGAUGCCACGCAGCAGUUCACGCAGCAGGCGACGGGAGAGGGCGCCACGAGGCAGGGCGCUACGUACGGAUUCGAGAGGAACAACAACGGACAGAUCCGCUUCGCUCCUGUCAAACUGGACUCCCUGCCCGUACAUGCCGGACCCCGCAGCCAGGUCCCACGGCGCUCGCAGAAGACAUACAGCAAGUAAAGACUGUCGCAAUGGCAGCGGCUCGCGACACGCAGGCGAACGGAUCCGACCCGAUGAACAAGUUUAACUUGAACAGUGAACACUUUAGAAUCGCAUAUUUUUUAUAUUAUUCAAAUGGUGUCAGUUUAAACGAGGAGAGCAUCACAGACCGAGUUGUAACUUCCACACCUUCAUUUUUUUUUAAAUAUGCAGCAUACCUCAUGUAACGAAUCGCACGUUAUUUAGGCUAUGUCGUGUUAAGAAUUUUGCACGCAUAACUAUACGUUAUUCCGAUUAUUAUAUUCCUAAACAGCGUAAGCGUUCCUGUGAUACAGCAAUAUAUAAAGCGGCGAAUUGAAACUGUAACAAAAGAAAUAACCAACGGCAUGACAAUGAAUGGUGGGUGACUACCCGUCGUCUAUCGUGACGUUGAGAUCGGAGACCAUCGAAGCAUGAACUUGGACCACACGUGUUAAGCAAUUGUGACAACUGCAAGGCCAAUUUAUUUAUUGUCAUCUGUACGAAUGUAUUAUCAUGCAAAUAGUAAACUGAUAGUGAAACACAACA